AGGUAGGGAGAGGGCGGGGGGAAGGAAGAGGAGGCGGGAUUCGGGAGCUGCGCUGGCUGCGGCCUGGCACGAAGGGGGCGGCCCUGGCGGAGCUGAGACCCAGCGGCCCCCGGUGACUAUGGACCCGGCUGAGGUGGUGCUGCAGGAGAAGGCGCUCAAGUUUAUGACCUACAACAGCUGUGCCAGACUCUGCUUAAACCAAGAAACUGUAUGUCUAGCAAGUACUGCUAUGAAGACUGAAAAUUGUGUGGCCAAAACAAAACUUGCCAAUGGCACCUCCAGCAUGAUCGUGCCCAAGCAAAGGAAACUCUCUGCAAGUUAUGAGAAGGAGAAGGAGCUGUGUGUCAAAUAUUUUGAACAGUGGUCAGAGUCUGACCAGGUGGAAUUUGUGGAACAUCUUAUAUCCCAAACGUGUCAUUACCAGCAUGGUCACAUAAACUCAUACCUCAAACCCAUGCUACAGAGAGAUUUUAUAACUGCCUUGCCAGCUUGAGGUUUAGAUCACAUUGCUGAGAACAUUUUGUCAUACCUGGAUGCCAAAUCACUGUGUGCUGCUGAGCUUGUGUGCAAGGAGUGGUACCGAGUGACAUCAGAUGGAAUGUUAUGGAAGAAACUCAUCGAGAGAAUGGUCAGGACAGACUCUCUAUGGAGAGGCCUGGCAGAACGGAGAGGAUGGGGACAGUAUUUAUUCAAGAACAAACCUCCUGAUGGAGUUGCCCCUCCAAAAUCUUUUUAUAGAGCACUUUAUCCUAAAAUUAUACAGGACAUUGAGACAAUAGAAUCUAACUGGUGCUGUGGAAGGCACAGUUUACAGAGAAUCCAUUGCCGGAGUGAAACUAGCAAAGGAGUUUACUGUUUACAAUAUAAUGAUCAGAAGAUAGUAAGUGGACCUCGAGACAACACUAUCAAGAUCUGGGAUAAGAACACAUUGGAGUGCAAGCGAAUCCUCACAGGUCACACAGGACCAGUCUUAUGCCUCCAGUAUGACGAGAGGGUGAUCAUAACCGAGUCUUCUGAUUCCACUGUCAGAGUAUGGGAUGUAAAUACAGGUGAAAUGUUGAACACUCUGAUUCACCAUUGUGAAGCAGUUCUUCAUUUGCGUUUCAAUAAUGGAAUGAUGGUGACAUGCUCCAAAGACCGUUCCAUUGCUGUUUGGGAUAUGGCCUCCCCCACUGAUAUUACCCUGCGAAGGGUGCUGGUAGGACAUAGAGCUGCUGUUAAUGUUGUGGACUUUGACGACAAAUACAUUGUCUCUGCAUCAGGAGACAGGACUAUAAAGGUAUGGAACACGAGUACUUGUGAAUUUGUUAGAACCUUAAAUGGCCACAAGCGAGGCAUUGCCUGUCUGCAAUACAGAGACAGGCUAGUAGUAAGAGGCUCAUCUGACAAUACUAUCAGGUUGUGGGACAUAGAGUGUGGAGCAUGUUUACGAGUGCUAGAGGGCCAUGAGGAACUGGUUCGCUGUAUUCGAUUUGAUAACAAGAGGAUAGUCAGUGGGGCCUAUGAUGGGAAAAUUAAAGUGUGGGAUCUUGUAGCUGCCCUAGACCUGCGUGCUCCUGCAGGAACUCUCUGUCUAAGAACCCUUGUGGAGCAUUCAGGAAGAGUUUUCCGACUCCAGUUUGAUGAAUUCCAGAUUGUCAGUAGUUCACAUGAUGACACAAUCCUCAUCUGGGACUUCCUAAACGACCCAGCUGCCCCAGCUGAACCACCUCGAUCCCCUUCUCGAACAUACACCUAUGUCUCCAGAUAAAUAAUCAUACAUUGACCUCACACUUGCACAGGACUCAUUAAAGUUGCGGUAUUUAAUGUAUCUGCCAAUUCCAGGACAAGCAACAACAAAAACAACAACUAUCCAGUUACCCAGGACUAGCUGAGAAAUGGGGCUUUCAGACUCAUGUUUGAACAGAGUUGGCCUGCAGUCGACCCAGGAUGGUCUGCUCAGCACAGCUGACUGCUAAAGUGCUGCUAUCAGAAGAUGUCUUUUAUCUUUGGUGAAUGAUUGGAACUUUUAAACCUCACCCUUCCCUAUUCCUUCUUCCUUUUCCCACUACACCUGUUUCCCCCCUCUUUGGUUGCAGGCACAGAUGACCUAUAAAUAUAUUUAGUGUUUUGCCAGAAUCUCUGUUGCUUUGCUCUUAAGCAGAAGAACCAGUGCCCCCUGAGAGAGCCCCUUCUGAGGGACAGGAGGAUGCUGCUUUGAGCUACACAGCUCAGCACCCUCUGCAGACUUUAGAGCUUUGGGAGCAUCCAGUACCUGACUGCCUAACCACCAUUAAUGAAGAAGAGGCAAAAGUUUCCGAAUGCCUUCUGGGCCUGUCCUGAGUGAAAGAGUGUAUGUAUGUGUGCGUGGCAUUCUUGUGGUUUAUUACCACUUGGCAUAUCUGGUACAUUAAUCCAGGAUCUCUGUUACUUCCCUUCUCUCACUUUCUUUCUCUCCUCCCUCUUCCCAGUUCUCUAACCACUUAGAAAGAAGAUUUGUGAAUGUCCUCAGCAUGCAUGAGGUAGAUCAACUAGAAGACACCACACUGGAAAGGGUUAAAAAAAUUAUUCAGAUAAAGUGUCCAGGCCAAGAUUUUGCUUCAGGUUAUCCCAGUAGGAGAGUCUUUAGUGGAUACUGAGCUUGUAAAAGUGGUCCAUAGGAACUAGCACUCUUUACCUCCUAGGCUGGCCCCCAUCUUUGUCUGCCUUUGUUUUUCUGGACACAGCAGUCUUCCCGAUUCCAUGUAGAGCAUUGGAAGGAGGAACUGAUUGCAUUUCCUCUCAUUAACAAUUAGAUGUGUAAUAAAAGCAAUUGUACUUCAUCUUAAAUCCCUCAGACUACAAAAAAGGUUUAGAGUGACCAGGGCCAGUCCCUUGGGUGCAUUCAGCAUAACAGCUUACUUCUGCUCAUAUCAGGGUGCUGAGCAUUCAAAUGGUAACAUCUUUACAACAAUUGUGAACCAAGUAGUUGAAGAAAUAUCCAAGAGGGAAAAGAUGAUCAAGAUUGCUUUGGGGCCAAUAAAUGCCAUCUCCCCCCUCCCCCAAAUAAAAUCUAAUCACUUUAAAAAA